GAUAAACCCAAGCAUUUGCUACUUGCGUAUUCAACCAAGACUCAAUUCACGACACGCGUUUACCUUAUGAAGCUGCGACGCGAAAUUCCCUGAGCUAGCAGUCUUAAGAUACUGCUGGCUAUUAUACUGAUAACAUGCAGCACAGGGUGAGCCCAGCGUGUGCCGGGGAGCGUCAAUUGGUGGGCCCGCGGUUGGCGCCGAGCCCCGCACGAUGGAUUAGCAGCGCACACGCGCGCCGGCUACGCCUGGGCUCUGCGUCGGGUUCAAAUGCGGCUGCCGGAGAGCCACCAAGCCCCGCUCACCAGGGUCAUCCAGGCUCCGAGAGCGUCAGGCGUGCACCCCUUCCCGCGUCAGCGGCAGGGACCGCAAAGCCGCACCAGCCCCACUCGCCAUAUCCGGACUUGGCGGCUCUGGAUGCUGAGAUCAUCUCCAUCGCAUUGCCGAUGCUGGCCACGCUGGCUGCCGACCCCAUUGCCGGCCUGGUGGACAGCGCCUACAUGGGGCGGGCGGGGGCGGCGCAGCUGGCGGCGGUGGGGGUGGCGCUCAGCGUAUUCAACACCUGCACCAAGGUGCUCAACGUGCCGCUCCUGGCUGUGACCACCAGCAGUGUUGCAAAGGCCACAGGAGAGGCGAAGCGCGCAGCUGAGGCGGCCGCAGAGGCCGCGGCGACCGCGGCAGCGGAGGUGGCGGCGGCGGCGGCUCAAACCGGAACACGCCCCGCAGCGGCCGCAGCUACAGCUACAGCCGCUGCAGCCGCAGCGGUCGGAGGCGGCAGCCAACCCGCCGUACAAACGGUGACUGUGGAGCCAACUGCCGCCGCCGUGCCGGCUGCUACUGCCGCGGCGGCGGCGGCGGCUGCAGCCGCCGAGGCGGCUGGGGACGCUCAGGCACGGGCGGCGACGUCGUGCCUGUGGCUGGCGGCGGGGCUGGGCGUGGUACAGGCGGUGGCGCUGCUGUCGGGGGCGCACUGGCUGGUGGGCACGUGGGGCGUGUCAGCCGCCUCCAAGGUGUACGAGCCUGCGUUGGCCUUUGUGACGGUGCGGGCGGCCGGCGCGCCCAUCACUAUCCUCAUGCUCACGCUGCAGGGUGUGUACCGCGGGCUCCAGGACACGCGCACGCCCUUCCAGGCCACUCUGGUGUCCAACGCACUCAACAUUGCGUUGGCGCCCAUCCUCAUCUUCGGGGCGAACUGGGGCGCGGCGGGCGCGGCGGCGGCGACCGUGGCGGCGCAGGCGGUGCCGGUGGUGCUCAUGACGAGGGAGCUGCUCAAGAGCCGCAAGCUGCGGCCCUUCGGCUUCCCUGCGACGCCCCCCGCCGCCGGGGUGGGGCUCGGGGCCGGCGGCAGUCACGGGGCGGUGGACAGCGCGGACACGGGUGCGGCUAUGGCGGCAGGCGGUGAAGGUGGUGGUGCAAUCGGGCGUGGGCCAUUGGCGGCUCUGGCGGGCAUGAUGCCCCUUUUCAAGCCCACAGGCUACCUGGUCCUGCGCAGCGCCUCCGUCACCGCCACCUACGCCGUGGCGACCAGCCUGGUGGCGAGGGCGGGCGCAGCCGUCACAGCCAGCCACCAGAUCGCCUUCCAGCUGUGGCUGGCGUGCGGGCUGCUGGCGGACGCGCUGGCGGUGGCGGCGCAGUCGCUCAUGGCGCGGGACAUAGGCGCCGGCAGUGCGGCGGGGGCGCGGCAGGUGGCGGGUCGUGUGGGCGGCCUCAGCGUUGGGCUGGGCCUGGCGCUUGCGGGCCUGAUGGCGCUGGCGGGGCGGCUGGGUCUGCCGGCGGCCUUCAGCUCCGAGCCCGAGGUGCUGCGGCUGGUGUCCAACCUGUUUCCGCUGCUGGCGCUGUCCCAGCCCAUCACCGUGCUCGCAAUGGCGUGGGAUGGAGUGUUGUACGGCGCCGGCGGUUUCCGUUACGCUGCCAUUUCAAUGGCGCUGGCGGCGGCGCCUGCGAUUGCCGUAAUGUACGGCGGCGGCGGCGCCGUACACGAGGUGUCACGGCUGCUGGCAGGCGGCGGUUGGCAGGCAGCGGCGGGCGGCAGCGCCGCCGCCGCCACGGUGGGUACGGCAGCGGCUGCGCUGUCUGGUGAGGACCAGCUGGGUGCGGUCUGGGCUGGUCUGGGCGUACUGAUGCUGAUGCGGUGGUUGACCAUCUGGGUGCCGUACAAGCUGCAGGCGGGGCCGUUUGCCAAGCUGAAAGGCGAGGACAGAAGGCCCGCUGCUGAGCAUUGAGGCGCGGGUGUGCGUGCAAGUGCAUGAGUGUGGAUGGCGAGAGGGGAGGGCGAGUGAUUCUUAAUUAAACAUAGUCAUUGUUUUGAAGCUUGUUGGUCUUGGGAGGAGUGCAUGGCGCGAACGACGGGCGUUAAGCUGCAGGAUGAAGCAACCCCAGUCAAGUUUGCGUAGUAGCACGGCAGUCAACCUGCAUCUAAUGUCAGUCGCGCAGCGUGUGCAGUGUGUGGCGGGUCUGCCUAGUCCAACAAGAUACUGGUUCCACAUGUACUGGUAAAUGGGAAGAAACCCACAUUAGCUCUGUUAUUGGCUGAGUUGCCAUAAUUGCCAGCAUCAUUACGAGAAGGGACUGCAAAGGACUGCAGAGAAGGUGCGUAAGGUGCCGACUUGAUGUACGGUAGUGAGGAGUGUGUACGCAGUACAGUAAAAAUAACGGCAUGGAUUCUGCCUGCACGCACCUGAUGCUAGCUAGCUAGUGAUGCUAGUGAUGCUAGUGAUGCCGUCACGCGGCGUCGACAAGUUUGUGCUCAGUCAGGCGUGCGAAGUAGGAGACAAGUGUGCGUGUCCAUGCAUACGGUACAUGAUGCGGCUGGGCCGCAUUGGUCGGCUCCAUCAUACCAAACAUAUGACUUGCCGUAACGCUGUAACUGUCUGCUUAGCAGCGAUCUUGCCAGGCGCAUAUGGGAGGGCUUGCUACUUCUCCGCGAAGGGAAGGUGCGUGCGCAACGCCGCCACCCCAUCUAACUUUCAUGUAACGUUGUGGCCCG